AAACAAACACAUGAAAUUGUAAAUAAACAUGCUGGAGUGAUAUUUGGAUAAUUUAUACGAUUUUGAUAAGAGUUUUAAGUGCGCUCUAGAUGCAACGACCUGCUAUGGGGACGAAAGGAAACUUGUUCGUGCACAAUCUGAGACCAAAGAACUACAUUCCGCCGGCUUUAUCACAGACGCUUCCAUUGCCAGUACACGAUGGAAAUCCUGCGGACUCUAGAAUAAUAGACGCUUUAUUCACUGGCUUCUCAGUAUACGUGAUGGAUCCGGUAUCCAUUCGAGAACUAUGUUUGAAUGGCGGCUUCGGACAGGGAAUGCUGUCCAGGGUAUUCCCGGCAUGCUUGACGGCCCCACGUGAAACAUACCACAAGAACAAAAGGAAACACCACGAAUCGAACACGAAUGCCACGUGUUCAGGUAGUGAACAUCCGGCGAAUACUACGGUUGAGCCACUCUGUUUAUUUCUAGAAGAAGCUUUCUUUUUGAUGCACCAAUUGAACAUGUUAAAGCUGCAGAGCCUGGAUGAUGAACCGAUCGGUGUCGCAGAGGCGUUCCAAAAGUUUCAGAACGCCAACAAACGAUUCUUCGCUGGAUAUUGUGCCUAUUUGUAUCUGAAGUCGAAAAACUGGAUCAUCAAAAGCGGAUUGAAAUUUGGUGGUGAUUUCGUGAUCUAUGUAAAAGGGCCACAGUUUAACCAUGCUUCCUACAUUGUGUUGAUACAGGAAAUGCAGGAAGGGAAACAGCUGGGAAAUUAUACCAUGAAUGGUUUGGAUUUCCAAGGCUUCAAUCGGAUUGCGGAAACGACAGCAAAGGAUAUUCUGUUUCUAGAAGUACACUACCCAGCCUCACUAGACCUCGCCAGUAGUGUAGACUGUCUGGCAAGGAUAAAAGAAGUGGAAAUAGGUGAGACAUUCACAAAACAUCAUAACUUCAUAGGUGCAAGAAAUCAAAUCAAAAAUAAAUAGCGGUUGUCACAAUAUUUCCUCCCACUAACCGUAUC